ACUCGGCAUCAAUUGCCAAAGCAAUUCCUACCUUAAGCCAUUAUAACACAGUUGAUUUUUAAUGUAAGGAAGAAAAAAGUCUAGAAAGAGACUUACUUUUCAGUCGCCUUGUUUCUCUCGCACAGUUGCCAAUGUACAAUAUUUAUUUGACAUAGUGGUAAUUAAAAAAUCUUCACUGAAUGCAAUAUCUCAUUGAAAUGUAUUAUGAUGUAUGAAUUAAUCGCUUUGCAAUUUCCGCUUGCAAUAAACAUAAACAAUUAUUAAUAAGAAACACUUUGUUUAUUAAUAAUAUAGAUUUUUAUAAGAACAAAGGAAGUUGAUAAUUGUAUUUCUGGUAACAUUGUGUUACAAAUUAAGCAAAUUUCGCAUACAAUAUGGCGACUGUUUGUUGUUGAUGACGCUAUCUGAAAGUUUGUGAAGUUGCGAAGUUUUAUUUUAUGUGUCGUUCUGGUUCCCGUUUUUAUUGCAAACAUGGUCCAGAAUUGUAUUGUGAGUGGUUGCAAGAGUGAGUCGUAUCCAGGUUGUGGGAUAUCUUUUCACAGAUUUCCAACUAAUGAAGAAGUCAGAAUUAAAUGGAUUGAGACAUUGCAAAUCAAUAAGCAAAUAUCAAAGUACAGCGUUGUUUGCAGUUUACACUUCAAAAAGGAAGACUUUUUGACAGAAGCUAAAAAGAAGUUAAAACCCCAAGCUAUUCCUUCUAUUAAACCUAAGAUUUUUCCUGAAUCGAAGAAGAUAACGGUUUUAAGUUCUAUCCCACUGGCUGUACCCGUGUCGUGUAAACCUGGAACGUCGGGAGAACCAGCCGUGAAAAAAAUAAAAUUGCAAGCUGAGAUAAGCACUCAGACAUCUCAAGUAACAUCUACGCCAAGGAAAGUUAAGUUGCAACGAGAUAUCAAAAUAUUGAAACAGAAAGUUAAGAGAAGAGAUGUGAAGAUCAAAAAUUUUAAAUCUAUUUUAAAUUUAAUGAAAAACAAAUGCUACAAUUAUAGGGAAUUCGAAAAUGUAAUUACACAUAACUUUUCAAAUAUUUUUAAUCAGUUGAACACCAGAAAGUCUGACCGUGGUAUAAGAUUUACGGAUAAUUUCAUCAUCAAAUCAUUUGCUCUCACUGUGCAUUUUUAUUCAGCUAAGGCAUACCGAUUCUUGAGGAAUUAUUUGUGUUUACCUCAUCCAUCAACAUUACGAAGGUUACUGUCAACUCAUAAUUGUAAUGUUGGCUUUAUGUCCGAAGUUUUAAACCAUUUAAAAACAUGCUGCUUCUGAAAAUACUAAUUUGAAGAAUGUUGCAUUAAUUUUUGAUGCUAUGUCUAUUAGAGCAGAAUUAAGAUAUGACAUAAAAACAGAUAAAUAUUGGGGCUAUGUUGACUAUGGCGGAAUUAUGCCUGGCGAUGCUGAAACACUGGCCACAGAAGUUUUAAUAUUUCAAAUUGUUUCGUACACUGAGAAAUUUAAAUGUCCCAUCGCAUACUUUUUUAUUAAUAAAUUAUCUGCUGACGUACAAUCUCAAUUAAUAUU